CCUUCCCCAGUGUUGAAUGCUGCAUGCAUGCCUCAUGCUUUCUAGUGCCUCGCAGGAGACAGCCGGCUCCAGUGCAGGAGUGGCGGCACCUGACUUGCUGGAUCCUAAAUCUGCCACUCAGAACUCCAAACCGAGGCUCUCCUUUUCUACAAAGCCCACAGUACUUUCUUCCCGAGUGGAGAGUGACACAACUAUUAAUGUUAUGAAAUGGAAGACGGUCUCCACGAUUUUCCUGGUGGUAGUUGUCUAUCUGAUCAUUGGAGCCACUGUGUUCAAAGCUCUGGAGCAACCUCAUGAGAUUUCACGGAGGACCACCAUUGUGAUUCAGAAGCAGACAUUCAUAUCUCAACACUCUUGUGUCAAUGCAACUGAGCUGGACGAACUCAUUCAGCAAAUAGUGGAAGCAAUAAAUGCAGGGAUUAUACCUUUAGGAAACACCUCCAAUCAAAUCAGUCACUGGGACUUGGGAAGUUCCUUCUUCUUUGCUGGCACUGUUAUUACGACUAUAGGCUUUGGAAACAUCUCACCACGUACAGAAGGUGGAAAGAUAUUCUGUAUCAUCUAUGCCUUAUUGGGAAUUCCCCUCUUUGGUUUUCUGUUGGCUGGAGUUGGAGAUCAACUAGGGACUAUAUUUGGAAAAGGAAUUGCCAAAGUAGAAGAUACAUUUAUUAAGUGGAAUGUGAGUCAGACUAAAAUUCGAAUCAUCUCCACAAUCAUCUUCAUAUUGUUUGGGUGUGUUCUCUUUGUUGCCCUACCUGCAGUCAUAUUCAAGCACAUAGAAGGUUGGAGUGCCCUUGAUGCCAUUUAUUUUGUGGUCAUCACUUUAACAACCAUUGGUUUUGGUGAUUAUGUUGCAGGUAAGGAUAUAGAAAGUAUUCAAGAGAUGUUGGACUGCCUGACAAAUUCAGCCCAGAACUCUGGACCAUAUGAGGCUGAUAAAGAUACUGCUGCACCAGGUGGAUGCAGCGAAUCCGAGUACCUUACUGACGGCUUUGUGGGAGAGUUCCGAGCCCACGCUGCAGAAUGGACCGCCAACGUCACAGCUGAGUUCAAGGAGACCCGAAGGCGCCUGAGUGUAGAGAUUUAUGACAAGUUUCAGCGGGCCACCUCCAUUAAAAGGAAGCUCUCAGCAGAAUUGGCAGUGAACCAUAAUCAAGAGCUGACCCCAUGCAAAAGAACCCUGUCAGUUAACCACCUGACCAGUGAGAAGGACAUCCUGCCUCCACUAAUGAAGACUGACAGUAUUUAUCUGAAUGGUUUAACGCCUCAUUGCCCAGGUGAAGAAAUUGCUGUCAUUGAGAACAUUAAGUAAUCCAUGAUUGGGAUACUGGUUCUUUGGAAAGCCUUGGUCUUAACCAUGGCUGAGGACUUUGGUAUGCUCUUUAUAACUGAUGCUGUUAGCAUUUUUAAAGUGUGCAUGAGCUCAAAAGAAAAAAAAAACACAAAUGCCCAUCAUAGUCAUCUACCAUCAACAGAAAUUGGGAUUCUGAGCCAGCACUUUACUUUUGGAGAUGCUUGUUGAAUAGCACUACUAUCUUUGAUAGGUAGUGGAACAAGCAAUGUCUGAUGCCUUUCUGUGCCCAGACUGUUUUUUUUUUUCUUUUCCUUAUUUUUUUUUCCUAAUGUGCCAUAAGGCCUAAGAAUGAAUUCUAAUUGUUUAUUCUCAUUAUGUAGCUUUGAGGGAUAAGUCCUUAAAUUUUCAGGGUCUACCUAACUGAGCCUAGACAUGGACCAUUUAUGGAUGACAACAUUUUUUUUGUAAAUGGCAAGAAAUUCUUAUGCAGCCUUUUACCUAAGAAAUUUCUGUCAGUGCCUUAUCUUAUGAAGAAACAGAACCUCUCUAGCUGUUAUGUGAUUUUUCUGCCCCAUGACCCCAUCCCCUGACCUGCUGCCCUGCUCCCCAUGCCCCCAGUUCUCCGUGCAUGGAUACUCUACAUUCCUGGAAACAGUGUGUGAAAAUAAUUGAAGUGAGGAUACCUGACGAAGGAAUGGACAGUGAACAAAUUAGAUGGACAUUGGAACAAUGCUCAGAAACCCUAGUUUUAAAGGUACUACAUUUAAAAGAGAUGGACAAAUGUCCCCUACAAUUAGUUCUCUUCUUCAGGCCCCACUGUAAAACAAUCCUAUGUAAUUAUAGUCCGGCUUAUGGAAUUGUCAAGUUCCUUGGCAGGUUUCAUUUUUGUGGAAGUUUUCAGAAAUGAUUCCAUUUAUCAUCAAGUGUACCUAAAAAGGGGAGAUAAUCCACAUGUAAUAAAUUAUCUGACAGAUGAAAGCACUCAAUACUUUAUUUUAUUUAAGAUGAUCUUAAUUCAUUGGUUUUGCUUAACCAAAAUGGCAAAAAAAAAGUCAAAAAUGUGUUUUUGGAGCAUUUGCUAAUAAAGUUUACCACUAGCAUUUUUUCUUUGAUGUUUGAAAGGGUUGUAAUCUCAAGGCCCUACCCCUGCCCCAUAUAGCUGCCCUAGGGGUGCACAAACGUUCUACCCUCCAGUGGUUUCUUCCUCCGGAGCUGUGACUGAGAGGAGAGCAGAAGUUGAAACUGGUAUCACUGUGACUUUGCACAUUGAAAAUGUAGAUUGUAGGCAUAAUUCAUCCCUGCCAUAAGAAAGAGAAAGCUGUUAUAGCACAAUUUAAAUACUGAUAGCUCUUUUUAGAUAGGAAAGGCUCGUAUUCAGAAGUAAAACCUUUUUUAGUUACUUUUGUAUCCUCUAGAUUUGUGGAUAUUUCUAAGAUGCAGAAGAAAUGCUACAAAGGUACCCAGUAGAUUACUAAUUUUUUCCUUUAUUUUCUUAUUUAAGCCUACUGUAGAUAAAAAUAAGUUGAAACAACAUGAUUGCCUAAAAUAAAAUUGGAAAAAAAUGUAUUGGAUUGUGUCCAAUGAGGCUGUCUUUAAAAAAUAUUGAUGUUACAAAUGCCUGUUUUUCGAAAAUAAAGAUUUAAGCUAGAAGUGUAAAUAUCUAGUUAACUUGCUGAGGGUACUGUUUUAAAUUUAGGAAAUCUAACACAAAUUUUUUAGGAGGCCAGGCGCUUUUAGAAAGAAAGCUACACCCAUUUCCUCAGUAACUGUGUUCUGAAAGUUCAUAUGGUGAGAUACACCUCUUGCCAUGUAUAAACUGUGAAUUGUAUGGAAAAAAAAUAAAGUUUUUAAUUAAUUAAAGUCA